AGUUCUUCAAAGAAGGGCGAGAGAUUUCAAGAUGGCUGCGCCCAUGUAACUGAAAUGAAAAUUUUGACGUUUUUUCGCUAAAAAUGCAUAUUUUCUGAGUUUUUGAAUUACUGUUUCUACUCCUAUGCUUAGAAAUGUCUGUUUCCAGACCAAUCAAAGUAUACCUCCAGAAUGACAAACCACUGGUGUGGAGUUCUAAAGAUGCUGUGGAAUUGAGAGAGGAGUGGAGGAUUGUGGGAUGUCUCAUUGGAUGCUUGCCAAGAUUACCACGUCAAAACAAUCACCUCGGCCUGCCACUUCAGCUCUCUAAAGAAGAAGUCACUCUUAUGCUUGAAAAAGGUGCUAUAAUCCUCGUGGAUGGCAACAGUGGCUUGAGGGAAACCAGUGCACAGGAGAAAGAGGAGUUUGAUGAAUACAGAGAGCAGAGCUACCAAAAUCAGGUAGAAAUGUUCAGAGAAGAGAGAAAGAGGGAAAUACAUCAAAACAUGGGGAACAUUAUUGAGGGGAAGAAGAAGAAGGCUAGGAUGGAGCUGGAAGAGAAGAAGAGCUGUGGGGAGGUUACAGAGGAGGUGAAUGAGGAGGAAGACUUCAGUAUAGAUGUAGACAAAGUCCCCAUCCCUCCCAUACCAAAGAAAUUCAGUCUUGUCCAGUUAUUUACAGAGUCUCCAUAUGUAGACGAGGAAGUGCCAGCAGUUUGGUCAUUUCCCACAACUGAACGAGAUCACCUGAGAUAUCACGUUUAUAGAGACUUAUGGAACCAAGGCUACUUCCUGUCUAAUGGGAGUAAAUUUGGUGGUGACUUUCUUGUUUAUCCUGGUGAUCCUUCCAGAUUCCAUUCUCAUUACAUUGCCAUCUGCAUUCCACAUGACAAAAGAAUGUCUGCCCUGGAUCUUGUAAGUAUGGGGCGAUUAGGAUCGAAUGUUAGAAAGACAGUCUUAAUGUGCUCAGAGGGCGAGGAUGGCACCAUUACAUACACAUCAUUACAGUGGACCGGCAUCAGCUGAUAUCAUAUGCAUGUACAUUACCAACAAAUUUCACUCUCUCAGGAGUGUUCCAUUUACUCUACUCCAUGAAGUGGAUUAAAAACAAUACCUUGGUAAAUGAAUGACAGUCUUAAAACUAAUGCAUAUCUUCAUAGUGUUCAUAGUAUUGGUGGACAUAGACUUUUUCUUUCAAGAAAACCAAGACAAAUCACCGAUAUGCUGAUUUUUACCUGUGGAAAGUAAAUACAAGGUUUCGUGUGGAAAUCAAAAUAAACUCUCUGAACAAACAAGUUCUGCACAAGACCAUUUUUCAAAGUCUGCUUAUGUCACAGGACCAGGAUUGGAUAGCAGCAUCAAAUCUGGAAGACCUUUGAAGGCUUGUGUUUGUUUAUUUUUUUUAAUUUAAUAAAUCUGAUACUCGCUGAGUCUGAGGUGGUCCUAAUUCUUACCGGUAAUACAAAUAAUAAGGGAGAUGAGAAGUUUUUUUCUUUGACAGGGGAGGGGUACUCUUCACAUCACCUAUUUAGAGAAACCAUGCAAGUGCCCAAAACAAGCCAGUAGCUUGAGACAUUCUUUAAAAUUGCAAGACAGAGUCCAUAAAAAUAUUGCAAAUUGAAUUUCAUCUUUAGAUGCAGUAUUAACCAUCAGGGUAAACUCUGCAACAUUUGGAAAAAGAAAUUACACAGGUUUAAAUUUAAAGAAAUAAAUUUAUUCAAAAUAUAAUCUUUGAACAUAUGAUCAACCAUACAUAAUAAAUCUGUAUAAAGCAAUAUUCUGUGUUGUAAUGUAAAGUGAAUUUGUAUCAUGCCCGAGAUUCGUUUGAUGUAUUGCAUCACAACUAAGUACUAGAUACAUUUGAUUGUGAAAUGUUU